CCUCGCUGUCAGUCGUCUCUCAGGAGUCGUCGCGGGAAGACAAAAUAACCUUCGCGCCUCUCCUCUCGCUAACUCCUACUAACGUGUGAUACUCCAUUAAAUAACCUUACCUGUGUGUCAUGAUCGCGUAUCAGUGAGGUGAGAGUGUACAUUGUGACGGAAGGAAGGAAAUAAACGAAGGGAGGGAGUAGACGAAUAGUGGAAAGGAUAAACGAGAUAAACGAAAUAGUAACAGCGAAAAGUGAGGAACCGCGAAGGGGACGCCGUUGCAAAGGCUGACGCUUAUCCUCAAUGCCUGACGGAGUGAUGGCGUUGUGACUGACGAAGGAGAGAGCAGUAGGAGGUUAUAGCAGCAGAAGGAGCAGUAGGAGGUUAUAUAGCAGAAGCAGAGCGCCCUUGCCUUCCACCUUCUUCGUCUCCUCCUUCGCCCUCUUCUUUGCCCUCUUCUUCGCCGCCUUCUUCGCCACUCUCGCCCCAACCAUGGUCACAGCAGAUGGUGAUUUUGGACCGUGGAAAAAAAAAGACUGCGGUAGAGGUGGUGGCGGCUGUGGUGGUGGUGGCGUCGGUGGCGGUGGUGGUGGUGGUAGUGGCGGGUCUUCACUCUUCACACACUCCCCGUAAAACUUUAACACGGCGCCACGAACGAGAAGUCGCUAUGCUGAAGCACGCCAGCCCUCUGAAGCCGCCACCAGGCACGCCCCAGCCCCAGACGCAGCCCCCGACAAGCCCCGAGGAGGACACCCAGGCGGCGACACAUCUGCGGGACUCGUACAGUGAGCGCGGCGUGGACUGUGACAGCCUUGUAGUGCCGGCGUCUUUCGCGCGAGCCGAGCGGGCGGCGGGCUACCAGGUGGGCACGUGGUCAGGCGUAUCCCAGGCCAGCGUGCGCCGCGGCCUCUCCUUCAGUGCCCGACGCGCCCCCGACGCCGUCUCCUUCAGGUCUGUGCGCAGCGAGGGCCAGUCCAGCCUCCCGCCAGCCUCGGGGCCGUGCGCCAGCACCAGCAUGACGGACGUGGCCACCCUCACGAAGCAGGAGGAGGCGGGGCGAGGCGGCGAGCACUCCCUCAAGCACUCCCUCAAGGGUGACCUGGCCAGCCUUAAGAGCCUCCUGCGGCUGCCGGGGGUGCGGGGCCACGCCAGGAUCAUCGAGGUCACCAAGGACGGGGUGCUCCUCUCCCCGGAGACCCUCAGCCUCAACUCCGCCGACAGCUUCUUCUCCGCCAACAGUGGCCGCACGUCCUCCAGGAGCUGGUCCUCCAACGCGUCCUCCAACUCCAGCGGCACCAAUGCCUCCAGCGGCUCCAACUCCUCCACCUCAGAGCCCGCCUCGACCACCAUCCGUGUGUUCGCCAAGUGCCUUCGUUCGGACAUCGAGUACAAGACGAUCUCCGUGAACACGCGCGCCAGCUGCCGGGAGGUGGUGGCCCUGCUGCUCUCUAAGUACCGCAUGAGACACCGCGACCCCAACCUCUUCUACCUUACCAUGGAGGUCACCGUGCGGAGGUGUUCCGGCGCGCCCGUGAGGUCCCUGCUGGUGCUUGAGGAGGGCGCGCGGCCCGCCCAGCUGGCCCUCUGCAGGCCGCCCGGGGACUCCAGGUUCGCGCUGCAAAUGCGUCGCGGCGGCGUGGUGAAGAUCCACGACACGGUGCUCAUGCCGGGGUCGCAAUACAAGUCGCUGCUGGUGUCGGACAGGACCACGGCGGAGGAGGUGGUGCAGCUGCUGCUAAACUGUUACAACAGACGCGACAACAAGUGUUACUACGCCAUACACGAGGUCCGACGCAGCCCCGAGUUCAGCGACCGCAUGAUCCAGACGGAGGAGCGGCUGCUGGAGGUGAAGGCGCGGUGGCCGAGGGACAGGCAGGCCGAGUAUGUGUUCGUGUUGAGGCGGAACAUGGCGCAGGCGCUGUCCCUCCGGAAGUUGUCUUUGCGAACGGCGGAGGUGAAGUGGGCGGCGGACUGCGUGGGGGAGGCUGUGAACGGCCCUGUCAGCAGUGCCCCGCCCCCCCGCCCCGCCCCACCCCUACAGACCAACCUUCACCCCCAACCUGCCCCGUCCACACAGCUCCUCCCUUACACCCCACCCGCACCCCAUCCACAGGCUCCUCCCCACCCACAACCCACACCUUUCCCUCAGGCCACCCACCACCCUCAUCCCGUCCCCUACCCCCAGCCUCCUCCUCCCCCGCACCUACAGUCCAUACUCAAGCCACACCCACAACCCACUCACAAGCCACACCAACAGCCCGCCCCGCCCCGACGAGGAGUUCUUGAGGGCGCCGUGAUCGACUGCACCGACGUGACCCCGAGAAUGACCACCAUCAACAGGACGCAACCUUCCACCUCCACCUGCCCCCCUGUCAACCCUGCCGCCCGCUCCUGCCUGACCACCCUCACCACCACUGCUGAAGUCUUCCCCGUCAAGACUCUCGCUAGUGGUGUCCCUGCACGGCCUCCACCACCCCAAAUGGCCACCACUCACGCCCCUCCUUCAGGCAACACUUAUCACUACCCGCCUACCUCGUCUCACGCCCUUCCUCCACCCACGACGCGCGUCCCUUCGUCUGCUACCCAUGGCCCUCCACCACACACCUAUACCCACACCCACGUCUCCACGCCCACAACUACCGCCUCCCCGCCGUCCACCAUCAACGCCCCCGACACCAGGGACUCCGCCACCAACACCGAGGUCAAAGAGGUGUCCAAUAACAGCACGCAGACGGUGGUGUCCAAGCGAGUCGUUGUGCCGCCUUACCCCGCCACCCAACCCCUCUUCGCUAACCUCCCCUUGAAAUCCCUCACUCUUUCUUCCACCCCAUCCAACCCUCCUUCAGUACCUCCACCCUCCUUCACGCAGCCCUCUGAUCCACUUCCCCUCUCAAAGUCACACCCUCUAUCUUCCACCCUCUCUAAUCUCACUUCCAUCUCCUCCUCCACCCAGCAUCUCCUUCCCCCUGACUACCCACCUCCCCCUCCACCUCCUCCUCCUCCGCCGCCGCCGUCAGAAGAGGCUGCACGGCUCCCCCCACCCAGCAGAACGCCCCUCCCUUGGCAGCAUAAGGUGGGGAGCAGCGCCCCCUCCACGUCUAAGAGGGAAGAAGCGGACGGGGUGAAGGAGGUGACGAGAUGUGAAGAGUGGCGCCUCAUCACCACCAACGCCACCCCUUCUUCCUCUUCCUCCUCCUCUUCCUCCACUAUUUCCAUCCCAUCCACCACUUCCUCCUCCUCCUCAGCCUCUUCCGUCCUCUCCACGUUAUCACCGGCCACUUCAUCUCCCUCCACUACUUCCUCCGCCACCACUGUCACCUCCUCCUCCUCCUCCUCCUCCCACUCCUGUAUUUCCUCCUCCUCUGCCACGUCCACCACCACCACCACCUCCACCUCCACCACCGCAUUGAAGACAGACACCUGCAAGCACAACUGUCAACACUGCUUCUACAUCUGACAAUGAAUGCUGCGGGGGGCGUGCGUUGAGGUGCGUGUGCUGGCGUGUGUGUGUGUGUGUGUGUGGGCGUUCGUGCUGCGUGUAUACCUAAGAUUAUAUGAGUGUUCCCGUGGGCGUGUGUGAGCUGUAGGUGCUGCGGUAACGCCCGGGGCACACCGCCAUCGCACACCGCCGAGGCCUGAACUCCAUCCCGCACAAAUAAGAAAUAGUCGUUGAUUAGUACUACCUAUUCUGUACAUUUUAAAGAGUGGAGACGGAUACGAAUGGGGGGUUUCAUACAUCCACUUGUGUCUCUUACUUAGCAUUCCUUAGGUACCGGGUGUAUAUAUGCUGUUCUGUGUGAAGUGUUGACGCAAAUCCAAAAAGAUGCUGCAAUGGUUUUGGUUUAGUGGACCGAGUGUCAAUGCAUCCCUUUGCCCUUUUGUGUGUAUUAUAAGGAGUUCCAAAGAUAAGAUUAUCCUUCUCCAGUGGUUCUUGCCUUGUUUAUGUACAAAAACAAUAGAGAUGAGAGAGAGAUGAAUGUAUGAAUGAAUGAAUUAAUGAUGUAUGAGUGAAUGUAUGUAUGCAUAAUGCCCUGUAUAGUGUCUUGCCCCAUCUGUUUCUUGCCUGAUGUAUAAUUAAGACGGUAGAGUGGAAAGGAUAUUAGCGAUACGAUGGUCUUUGUACAGUGUUUUGAGCCUCCAGAGUCUUGCCCAGUGAAUGACCGCAAAGGUGAAGUGGGCGGUGGGCUGUGUGGGGGAGGCUGUGGGCGGCCCCUUGAACAGUGCCCCGGUGACCCUACAGACCAUGCAUUUUUUUCCCCAAACUUGCCCUGUGGGAGAGGCAGUGGAUAUAUAAUGAUCAAUAAUGAUCAAUCAAUGUGCUUUGGCCUCACAUUUCCUGACCAGUGUAAAAAAAGACUACAAAUCCGAAUGGGAAAGAGAGACAUCAAGUGCUAUUUAUCAGUCCGUCGUGUCCUUGUGUGCCUGGAGCUGCAGGACAAGAUGAGGAGGUGCCUGUACAGUGUGGCGGUGCGUGGCCUCUGCAGCGGGCCAGCAGGUCCCCGAUAGAGCUUUAACUAAUGGAACCAAAUGUUUUUUUAGACUUGUAUAGAAAAUGACUGAUCAAAGUUAUUUCUAGUUCUGUAGACCAAUAAUAAAUGGAUUG